AUGGCAUCAUCAAACCACAUUCAUCUUGUACAAGGCUAUUAUUCACAAAACAAGGGUCAUAAUGUUCAAUAUACUUCAAAAAAGAUCAAUAUUUUCAAGGUGGGUAAUUUAUUGGCCCCGGGUUGGAAAAACGCAAAGAUAUUGAGGGCGCAAUCAUUUACGGUGAAGGCAAACAUUGAUAAAGGGGUGGAAACGGUGAAUGGGAAGAAGGUGAAUGGGGUGCAUUUAGGACAUGAUCUAGGUCGUAUUAGUAAAGAUUGUAGGUUUGACGAACCCAAUGAUCGCGGGGUUCUUUUAGGUAGGUUUGUGGAGAAUCGAUAUGUUUAUCGACAGACUUUUGCUAUUAGAUCUUAUGAAAUCGGACCUGAUAAAACCGCCACCAUGGAAACAUUGAUGAAUCUAUUACAGGAAACGGCUCUGAAUCACGUCACAAGUGCCGGUUUGGCAGGAGAUGGAUUCGGUGCCACUCAUGAAAUGAGUCUCCGGAAACUGAUAUGGGUGGUCACACGGAUCCAUGUUCAAGUCGAAAAAUAUAGUUCAUGGGGAGAUGUAAUCGAGAUUGAUACGUGGGUAGAUGCAGCUGGUAAAAAUGGAAUGAGAAGAGACUGGAUUAUUCGUGAUUUCGUGUCCCAGAAAAUUAUAACUAGAGCCACAAGUACAUGGGUAAUCAUGAACAGAGAAACAAGGAAGUUAUCCAAGAUCCCAGAUGAAGUUAGAAACGAAGUGACACCGUUUUAUCUGAGUAGAGAUGCAAUUCCUACUGAAUAUAUUGAUCACGAAAAGAUCAAAAAACUUACGGAUGAAACUGCUGCAAAAAUUCGGCCCAGUAUAGCUCCAAGUUGGAGCGACAUGGAUGCCAAUCAACAUGUAAAUAAUGUAAAGUACAUUGGCUGGAUUUUGGAGAGUGUACCAAUGCAAGUGUUAGAAAAGUACAACAUGGGUAGCUUAACACUGGAAUACAGAAGGGAAUGUCGACAAUCUGAUAUGCUCGAUUCUUUAACAAGUAUGAAAACAAGCCUUUAUGAAGAUAACAACAUUAGUCGUGCGACUUCUAAUGUAUCCGGCACAACAAAUUUGGAAUGUACACAUUUGCUUAGAAUGCAAGAUGAUGAAGCCGAAAUUGUUAGAGCAAGAACAGUAUGGAUUUCAAAGCAUUGAGAUUAUA